GUUGAGUAAAAUAGUAUUAAAUCCCAAAGAAAUAGAUGUAAUUGAGGGAGUUUCUUUUUCUUUUGUUAUUUCAUUUCAUUUUUUCUUUUUCACGUGGCGUUGCGACGUCGAAUUUCACCUAUGUUCACAUAAUAAAUUACCAAAGACCACCGAAAGGAAGACUGCAAAUUUUUAGCGCCCCCUUUCGUCUUUCCCUUUCCAACUAAGAUUCGUUUCACUUCUACGCCUUUGUUUUGAUGGCCGACAACAUUCCGACAGUUGCACCCCCCGCCGAUCGCCAACCAUCUAGCACCCAGGAAGAAGAUCCCCCACCCCCGCUCACUCCUGUAGAAUCUGUGCUGGCGGUGGCUAAUUCUCCUGCUCUACCCGAAAAAGAGUCGAUUCCACCAACAGACGUUGUUGUCGAGCCUGUAUCGUGUGCAGCUGCUGAAAAGGAACUGGUUUCAUUGUCUCCUCCGACAGCAGUGGUGGAGAAAGAAGAGCCACUGCAGCCACCAGCUCGAUCUACCGAACGUGACUUUGAGGUAGAGGCAAAACCUUCCGAUGCAGGAAAGGACGUCCUUGGUGUUGAAUCUUCUACUAAAUCCAAUACAAUUGAAGAGCAGAAGAUUCCUCAGACUUUGGUUUCUUUCAAGGAGGAAAGUAACAAAGUGGCUGAUCUUGCAGAUUCCGAGAGGAAAGCCCUUCAGGAACUGCGGCAACUUGUCGAAGAAAAUUCCGUAGUUAAGGAAAAUCGUGCACAGGAAGUCCUGGAGGCAGCUCAAACUGAGAAGAAGCUGUCAAUUUGGGGGGUUCCUCUUUUUGAAGAUGACCGGACGGAUGUGAUCCUCCUGAAGUUUUUAAGGGCGAGGGAGUUCAAAGUGAGGGAUGCUUUCCUUAUGUUUCAAAACACAAUUAGGUGGAGGGAGGAGUUUGGCAUCGAUUCACUUGUCGACGAGAACCUGGGGGAUGAUCUGGAGAAGGUGGUGUAUAUGCAUGGAUACAGCAGGGAGGGUCAUCCAGUGUGUUACAAUGUCUUCGGAGAGUUCCAGAACAAGGAUUUAUAUACAAAAACAUUCUCCGACCAGGAAAAACGGACCAAGUUCUUACGUUGGAGGAUUCAGUUCUUAGAAAGGAGUAUUAGGAAACUCGAUUUUCAUCCUGGAGGUAUUUCUACUUUAUUUCAGGUUAAUGACCUCAAAAACUCCCCUGGUCCUGGCAAGCGAGAGCUUCGAUUGGCCACUAAACAGGCUCUUCAGGUGCUUCAAGACAAUUAUCCUGAAUUCGUAGCCAAACAGGUAUUUAUCAACGUUCCUUGGUGGUAUCUUGCAUUCUAUACGAUGAUCAGCCCGUUUCUAACCCAGAGGACCAAAAGCAAGUUUAUCUUCGUAGGGCCUACGAAAUCUGCCGAGACCCUUUUCAGAUACAUUUCUCCCGAACAAGUUCCAAUCGAGUAUGGUGGCUUGAGCGUUGACUAUUGUGAUUGCAACCCAGAUUUCGAUGCUUCUGAUCAAGCAACGGAAGUCUCAAUAAAACCUUCAACUAAGCAAACUGUUGAAAUUAUAAUUUAUGAGAAGUGCAUUAUUGCUUGGGAGCUACGUGUUGUGGGAUGGGAGGUGAGCUACAGUGCUGAAUUUGUGCCUAAUACCGAAGAAGCAUACGCUGUGAUAAUACAAAAGGCAAGAAAAAUGGCUGCAACUGAUGAACCAGUAAUCUCUCAAAGUUUCAAAGUCUCUGAACUGGGAAAACUGUUAUUUACUAUUGACAAUCCAACCUCUAAGAAGAAGAAGCUCCUGUAUAGGUUCAAGGUCAAGGUUUUAAGAGAGUGAAGCAUUCUAGCCCCAAUAUCGGUGCCUGCGAGAAGGGAAAAAAGAAACAGGUAAGGCGCCUUACCUCCGUUGAUUUUACCUUUGCAUCUUUGAAUAUAUUAGCGCAAUCAUUCAGUCUGUAUCUUAGUGCUUGUUUGUUAUGCCAUCGCAUAUUAUUUGCAUAAAUUCGAAUUCGUCAUUUGUUAUUUGGUCAUUUUAUGUGUUUUAUUUUACCUCAUUUGUUUCUCACUUUUUUUUUUCUUUUUUUGGAGUUGUAAAUCUUGUUGAUGGUGUGUUGAGGUUUCAUUUUGUCACUGUAUUUCCUUAAUUCCGUUUUGCUUGUCUGUCUCUCUCUAUGAACAGUCUCUGUGAAUUUCAUAAUUCGAUCUGUUUAGACAGUCAACAACUCUAAACAGCUUUGUUCGUAAUAAAUGAUAAUAAAGGUUUGGAUGGA